CGGAAAGAUCAUCUCGGGAAUCAAGCGCGAGCCAAUCUACAGCGCGUGCUCGCUCUGAGUCCUUUUAUUUACCAUGAAGACGGAAUGGGGUUUUAUUAUAUGGACCGCGAUGCUUCUUCACUUUUCUGUUAUAAAAGGUAAGACGUCAGAUGCACCCCCAGACUUAACCUUCAACAGCAAUCCUACUGAAGUCAUUCCUAAGGAUGUGACUUCAAAAAGUGUCCUUUUGGAAUCACGACCCAGUUUAGCCUAUCAAAGCAGCUCCUUGCCUUCUUCUCCAAAUCCUGAGAUCACAACUACGAUUCCUCCUUCAUCACAAUCAACCAUAGACAACGCAACGCACAGCAACAUCUCUACUUCAAAGACACCUGCACUGCAAAAUGUCACCACCCUCUUCAUGGAAACAGCCUCAGUACCAGCCACUAGUAGCACACCACGCUCCCCUGAGCAAAGCACCAUUUCAGAAUCAGCAGUCACAGCAGCUCCUGCAUCAUCCAUCAAUCCAAGUGAAAGACAUCAGACGUACUCUCUAACCAGCAAUGUGGCGCAGAAGACGCAAACCGCUGUACCAGUCACUCCCUCCUAUCCAACGGCAUCUCAGUUCGCACCGACCGGGAGUUCAAAGGUCACUGGUCCUGCUCCACUGGAAGACAAAGAUGAACCUUCUGAACUGGAUGUAGGAGAUGAAGAAUCAGGAAAAGUUUCACACCGACAAGCCUCCCCGCUGGACCCCUUGCUCGCCGCUCUGGUCUCCAUUUUUAUUAUUUGCACUGCCAUGGUCUCAGCAGUCCUCUUCCUCAGGUUCCGUCAGCGGAGUGAACAUCCGGAGUUUCAUCGGCUUCAAGACCUCCCUAUGGAUGAUCUUCUAGAAGACACACCAUUGUCAAGAUACAGCUAUUAGCAAGGCAGAUCUCAGGAAUUCUGGUUUAUUAUUUGGUUGCUUAGGCACCCAGUAGAGUCCUGGUGUUAACUGUACAUCCAUUUCCCAAAAUGAUCCACUGUCUCUACUGAUCUAAGAUUGUGUUUAAUGGUUCUCAGGAGUUAUAUAUUAUAUAAUACGUGGCAAACUGCCUAGAAUAAUAAAAAAUACAGGUUACAGACACAAAAAUUGGAAAUUGACACAGAUUCGACAUCCCUGGCGGUUGAUAUUGUCUUGAAAGCUGAAAGGUUAAUAUUUUUAGAGCUGUAAUAUCAGGAAUAACAAAACUUACUGUUCUUAAAUGCUUUCUGCUUUACUAGAAACAACAGUUGGUCAGUUGCGUAGGAACAUUGUAUCUAUAACUUUGGUGAAUUCAUUACAUUUAUAGACACAACCAUCCCAAGAACCAAUAGAAAUGCCUCUGAACUAUUGCACUCUUAUAGCAACGACAUAGUGUGGUGUGAAUAGUAGACUUUCUAAAAAUUCUUCAAUUCAAAAAUUGAGUAAAAAGUUGAGAUUAAACCUGAAUUGUGUUCUUGAUAUUUAUGACAAAGUUGAUUGUGUAGACAGGUUAGAGGUAAAAUAACUUUUUGAAAAACGCUUUGGAAAAGGGAGUCGGACCGAGUACCAAAACCCACUUGUAGCCAAUCAGCAUUAAGGGGCGUGUCUACUAACUGACAUCAUUGCCUGGGUUGUGUAUGUGUGGGGCGGGUCUAUCAAAAGAAGGUCCAGAUUCUAUUGGGGUAGGGGUGUGUUUGUUUAGGUGAAUUUAAAUGUCAAAAUUGGCUUUCAGAGAUCGUGCACCCCGCCUUUAAAAUGUAUUUAAGCAUAUUUACUUAUGCCUACUCUGGUAUUUGUGGUAAACCUAGUGCCUAAUGUAUUUUGUGCCAAAAAGGAUUUACAGUGAACUCACUGAUAAAUAUAUAUUGCGCUGUUGUGUUGUUGAGACUUGUAAAAAGUUUGUAAUAAAAAAGAAACAUGUU